AUGACAUAAAACAUUUAAAAACUUAGAUAUUAUUUUAAAUAAAUAUCAGAUUAGAAAAUUUUAUUUAAUUAUUUUAACUAAAAUUAUUUAACGAUUUAUAUUUUUCAGCAUUUUAAUAAAAGUAAGAAUUUGAAAAAAAAGCAAAAAUAAAAGAAUUAUUAUUUUUUCUCAAAUUAAUUUAAGAUAUUAAUAAUAAAGAAAAAAAUUAAUUAAAUUCAUUAAUUUGUUUUAUUUAUUCUUUAAAAGAUCAAAUUAAAACUUUUGAAUAUUCAAAAUUUAUUAUCAAGAAAAAAUUAUAAUUAUAAAUAAAAGUAAAAAUAAAAAAUUUAAUUAAAAAAAAAAGCAAACAAAUCCUACUUAUUAAUUGAUAUGGGAAAUUUACUAACUUUUUCUGAAAAUAAUUUAAUAGAUCCUGACUGUAAUGAGCUUGAUUUAGAAUUAGACUAAAAGUUGAGUGAUAAAUAGUUCUAAAAUUUUUGUCAAAAAAUAAGCCAUAUUCAAAAACUAAAUUUACUUAGAUUACACUUUACUAAUUUUAAAAGCGCUCCUAGUCUGUAAAAAUUUAAUAGGCUAUUAGAAGAAGUAGCUAAUCGCCUUAGUUUGAAAUAAAUUGAGAUAUUUUUUAAUGAUGAUUGCUAUUUUCAUGAGGAAAUUAUUUAAGCAUUGAAUUAAGGAUUAAAAAACUGCCAAAAUAUUAAUUUUUUGGAAAUUAACUUUUUUUGUGACAUGAAGUAAUUAAUUAAUAAUUUAUUCAAUUUUUUAAAAAUAAAUUAUAUUUCAAUAAAAUUAAAUGUUAAUUUCUUUAAAUUCUAAAUGAAAACAAACUCAAUUAAUUCUCUUAAUAUAAAUAUUUUAAUUUUUUUAGGAAAUAUUAUUAUUUAAAUUCUGAUAAUGAUAUUAAUGUCAAAUCACUAAGCGAUCUUUUAUCAUCAAACUCUAAUAAAAUAUAGUCUAUUAAAUUUAGCAUUUUUUGGAUAAGUAGUUCUGGACUACUAAUGCCAUUAAGUUCACGCACCUAGUGUUCAAAUAUCAAUAAUUUAUGCUUAAAAAUUAGGUAUUUUUUAUUUAAUUUUUAAUAAUUUAAACUGUUUUUAUAGAAAAUUAGAGAUAUUUGUUGGUGGUAUUCAAAGUCUGAGUCAGUCAAUAUCAAAUCUUGAAAAUCUAAAGACUUUAAAAUUAGAUUUAUAUGUUAGCUUAGUUGAUCAAUAAUUUAAAUAUUUAUGCGAAGGAAUAUCGAAAUGUAAAUAACUUUAUGAAUUCCGUUAUACUUAACUAGAAAAAAGUGAGCUAACAGACGAUUCAAUAUAAUUUUUAAGUAAAGCUAUAGUCUAACUUCCUAAUUUACAAUCACUUUAUAUUAAUCUGAUAGAAAAUAAUUUUGGUUAAUAGAGAAUUGGACAAAUAUUAGGAGAAAGUAUUUCAAAUAGCUAAAACCUAACUUAUUUAUUUAUAAAUUUAUCUUUAAAUAAAAUUAAAUAAGAUGAUGCUGAAGUUCUUUGUAAUCAAAUAUCUAAAUCUCCUUAAUUGUAUUAUUUAAGCAUAUUUUUCAAUAAAGACAAAAUAUUAGAAAGAUUCAAUAACAAAAAGAAACUAUGUCAAAUUAGUUUUAAAACAAAAAAAUUAAUUUAUUUAAGUAUAAGUAUAUGA